AUGCAUCUGCAUCUUUAUGCUAAGGGAAAAGGCAAUGAGCAGCUCCACAAACACUACAGAAUGCGGCGCAUCAGGCCGGGCGAGAACCGGGACAGGGACAGCAUUGCCAGUCGCACUCGCUCUCGCGCUCGAGCCGCCGAGAACACAGUCACCUUCGAGAGUGACAGUGGCGGCUUUCGUCGAACCAUCUCGCGCUCAGAGCGUGCGGGAAUCCGCACUUAUGUCAGCACUAUACGAAUCCCUCUGCGACGCAUUUCUGAGACUGGUCUUGGCGAGCCUAGCUCCAUGGCGCUAAGAUCUAUCCUGCGCCAGAUUAUGACCGGCUUUGGUGAACUCAGCUCUCUCAUGGAGACAGAAGCAGACUCGGAGACCGCCACCCCCAACCAGGACACCGCUUCUGCUGGUGGAGCCCAGGCGUAUCGUGUUGGUAGUGGUGAGGGCGGUGUUGCUCAUGGAGGAGUGGAAACGACACAGGAAGGUUUAGUGGCAGGUGAGGAGGAAGGACAAGUGCGGGUGAGCAGGACUGGGACGGAGGGACGACCUAGCAGCAGGGACACUAACAGCUUGGUGGAAAAUGGGACGUUGCCCAUCUUAAGGCUGGCGCACUUUUUCCUUCUCAACGAAGAUGAAGACGAGGAGCAUCCAAGGGGCCUCACCAAAGAACAGAUCGACAAUCUGGUCACACGCACUUACGGUCAGGUCAACCUGGAGGGCGAGCUGGGCCGCGCUUGUAGCGUUUGCAUCAAUGAGUACGCUCAGGGCAACAAGCUGCGCCGCUUGCCCUGUGCUCACGAGUUCCACAUCCACUGCAUCGACCGCUGGCUAUCUGAAAACAACACCUGCCCCAUCUGCAGGCAGCCUAUUCUGUCCAGCCAUCAGGAAUGAUGUCAGGCUGUAGCUAUCAAUCGACGGACUGAACGACUGACUUUUGUUCCACCGUCGGUGGGGUGUGUACAUAGUGCUUCAAUGUUUUCAUUCUCUGAGAUCCAUUGUAUUCAAGCUAAAGGUAGAACCAAAAGCAGAAAAAGACUAUAAUGCAGAGAUUUAACAAAGCUUUAUUUUUUUAGA